GAGAAAGAAUAAGCCAACAAACUGCCGGAUAAAAGAAAAGGAAAAAGAAAAAAAAGAGGGCCGGCCUCAUUCUCUUCCUCAAACCCUAUCUCUUCUUCCCCAUUCCUCACCCAGAUCCGAAGAUACUUCGAUUUCUAGUCGCCUAAACGUUGGAAUCCAUAUCAUUCUUUUCUUCCCAAGGUCAAAUUUCUCGAUCGAUUGGGUUCUUAAUUCUUUGGAUAGUAUUGUAGUCGGUAGGCUGUUGUUUUAGGAGCUGUAUUCCAAAAGAUGAGCAGACAGUGAGAUUGGAUUCUGUUGAUGGUCGUCUCCUCCUCAAAGAAGCUGAACGAGUUGAUGGCGAGGGAUGUUGGUUUCAGGACCCUGGCGUUCUUGAUCUGGAUAAGGUAAAGGCUGUAAUUCAUCCCUCUCAGCUUUUGAUGUGGCCUCCGAGUCCCCGACGCAUGCGUAAGCCAUUCUCAAAAUUGAAAGGUGAGAGCCUAAUUCCCCUAACACCAAAACCCCAAUUCGAAUUGGGCACUGAGGAUCCAAACCUCAAUUUCAAUUCUACAAGCUACUCUGCUAGUCUUUUUGGGGCGUGAAAUUGAAGAUUCCAAUGUGUUUCGCUUGAAAUUUAGAGCUCCAGGGAGAAGCCUUUUCUGUAUGAAAUUGUGGCAACUGGGCGUAAUGGUUUGAUUAUCUUGUCCGUGACAGCCGAGCUUGCAACAACUAUUGCAGCAGUAGCUUAUUUGAGAUUGGCAGGAAGACCCCCAGUUCUCCCAUCUAACAACUUUUCUUAUUCCGAGAACUUCUUAUACAUGCUAGACUCCUUGGGCAAUAGAGCUUAUAAACCAAAUUCCCGCCUCGCCCAAGUAUUGGACAUUCUCUUCAUACUCCACGCUGAACAUGAGAUGAAUUGCUCAACGGCUGCUGCUCGGCAUCUGGCGUCAAGUGGUGUGGAUGUUUACACUGCCCUUUCUGGAGCUGUUGGAGCUCUAUAUGGUCCCCUUCAUGGUGGAGCAAAUGAGGCUGUGCUUAAGAUGCUAAGUGAAAUUGGAUCUGUUGAGAACAUUCCAGAGUUCAUUGAGGGUGUGAAGAGCAGGGCAAUGGGAUUUCCAACGGAGUUCUUCCCAGUUUUAUUUGCAAUCCCUAGAAUGGCUGGUUACUUGGCACACUGGAGAGAAUCCAUGGAUGCCCAAGCAGGUUUCAUGCAAGGCUGUUCAAAAGCACAAGUCAUGGAUCAGUGAAUGAAGAAGAAGCUGAUAGGAUUGUAUAACUUCCUGGGCAACCCAAGGUCUCAUUCCAACUGUUUUCGGGUGUAACUCUUAAUUUCAACAAGAAACUUAGUAGUUUUAGGUAUUUUGAUGCUUGUAAUUUUGCAAAACCUUUGAUUGGUUUUACAAUUGUGAUUGUUGGUUUGUAAUUGAAAUUAGUUCAUAUGCUAUUUUAACAUUUUCACCUUAUAA